AAACCACUCUCAACCAUCUUACGUAACACAAUGGGCCCCAGCCAGCCGGAGCACAUCAACCCCUCACUUUGGUGGACCUAGCAGAAAUGAAAGUCAUUCACUUCAAGUAGAAGAACCGGUUGAUACAUUUAUUGACAAAUUGAGAGAAGGCCAGGAAACAGCCUUUCAGUGGUCCUUUACUAGCUUCCAGACACAUUCAAGUGUAGCUCUUCUUCGAGCUCAAGAACAGCAGCGAUUACCACCGCUUGAGCUCUUCAAAUUCACAGGAAAACCUAUCGAGUGGCCUAAAUUCAUUGAGAGGUUUCGUGAUCAAAUUCACAACAAGACAACCCUCACCAACUCAGAUAGAAUGGCUUAUUUAUUCCAAAAUCUUGACGGGGAAGCUAAGAAAGCAGUGGAAAGUCUAGGUGUUACAGGUCAUAGUUACCCAACUGGCCUUAAGACUUUAAAAUGUCAGUUUGGGAACCCCAACAGUGUCGCCACAGCUUAUCUGAAUGACAUGCUCAACAGUGCCUAUGUACCCUCAAAUGAUAGGGAAGCAUUACGUGACUACUAUUACCAAGUGAAAGCAUGUACGACAUGGUGUGUAAAGAUGAGGUUACCCAUGAAACUUCGAGUAAGAUGGUUUGAAUACAUAGAUGGACGCAGUGAUAGAUCCACCCUGGUAGAGUUUGAGCAGUGGUUACGCAAGCGAGUAGAAACACUGUUUAACCCCCUUGAAGAUUUCAUAUGCGAAGAAUGGAACAAGAAACAAAGGUACCCCAAAGCAAAGCCAAAUCUUAAGUUAAAUUCCCUCGCCACGACGACAAGAGGGUCUCCUGACGCCCUAAGCAACAGCAGCGACUUGUCAGAUUCCAAAGUAGCCCAAACCCAAUCAUUGAACAAAGAGCGGGAGAAAGCCCCAUCCAAUAAAAAGGGGUGUGUCAUCUGCAAGUACACACACCCUGUUGCCUUUUGUCCUGUCUUUAAGUCUGAGCACCUACAAGAAAGGCGAAAAAUUGCAAGGGAACAUGGACUUUGUUUCAAUUGUUUGAAAACGAACCACCAAGUCAAGAAUUGCCCGAGUACAAAGCGUUGUCUUAAAGAACGGUGCGGGCGUUCCCACCCCACCCUUUUACACAAGGAUCUUCGAGUAGAGUCGCGUUCUAGCCUCACCAGCAACGAAAGUAGCUUUAUCCAAACAUCGGCUUCUCCGAAGGAAAAUGCCCGUAACCCAGAACCGGUGUCAAAUUCGUUGCCCAUCGUCCAGACCAACAUCAACCAAGUCUGUUUUCAACCUCAGCGGAAGGUCCUCCUUCAAGUGCUCCCAGUUCGAAUUCAUAGUCAAGGGAACACGGUUGACACAUAUGCUGUCCUUGAUCCUGGAAGUGACUCAAUCCUGAUUAGGAAAGACUUAGCUGAACGCUUACAACUUGUUGGCGAGACAUAUCGCCUUAACAUUAAUACAGUUGGCAAUGAAGCUACUACUCAGAACUUAGACAGGGUAAGCUUUAGUCUUUCCUCUAAAGAACAGCCAGACCCGGUUAUGGUGCAUGGAGCUUGGGUCAUCAAAAAACUCAACAUUCCAUCUCUCAAGUUGUCGACGAAAAGGACCGUCGAGCAGUGGAAUCACUUAUCUGACGUAGAUCUUCCUGAACUCCAAGGUGGUGACGUGAUGGUUCUCAUUGGAGCUGACAUGGCUCACUUAUUGAUUCACCUUGAGGUCCGCCAGGGGCGACGGGAUGAGCCCAUCGCAGUAAAGACUUGGAUGGACGCUGUUUGGAAAUGUGAAUCAAGGACACUGUGAAACAAUUAGUGCAAACUUUCUCGCAUCAGAUAGAGAGACUACAUUGCAGCAUCAAAUCGAACGAUUUUGGGAGAUCGACUCUUACUCAACCAAGCGAGUUCUCUCUGAGUCCACCUUGUCAGUUGAAGACAAACAAGCUCUGGCCAUCCUUGAAAGCAACACAGUCAAGGAGGAAGGCCACUACAAAACAGCACUGUUAUGGAAAUGUGAACCAG